AAAAAUUUUAUAUCAUAAUUGUUUUAUUCUUAAUUGUCAAUUUCUUUAAAUUUCAAUGCUUAAAAUUUACUUCAUACAUCACUGAACGUACUAUACGGACGCUCUUAUUUGAAAUAAGAAAACGAUGUAAAAGGCGAAUGCAUUGCAAAUACAGAUAGCUUCGAAGAAAUUUAAUGCUAUUUAGUGCCUUAAAUAUUUAUUGUAAAUUGAGUGUCAGAAAAUCCGUACAGGAGAACAAAAGCAAAACUGACAAGUGACGCUGUCGAAAUUAACAAGCAAAACAAACGCAAAUAAUCAAAAUUAAUUGCGCUCGGCAUUUCAUAUAAAUAUUUAUAAUUCGUUUUGUGUUGGCAAUCAUUGAUCAAAACCAUGUUACCUACAAGUGUUCGGAAAUCGAUUCGAUUCUCUGAUGCCAGGCUUUAUACUGAAAACGUAACAGAACUUCCACCAAAUGAUGAUGAAGAAGAGCGACGUUUGGCACGUCGCCGUACUUUAUUAAGGCAAAUUUUGAUGGAUGAAAACCAAAAUCUAGAAAAAUGUUUGGAAAUUUAUAAAGACAAUAAAAUAAGUCGUGAUAAUGCAUGGUCCUUAUCAGUUAUUGAUACAUUGACUGUUUUGCUUGAGCGUCAUCAAAACUUUUUGAACAACUUUAGGGUUGCUUGUCCUUCGCUAGAAGCUUCAUCAAGGGUAUAUGGUUUACGCGUAGACUCUAUAUACGGAGACGUUAUGCGUAUUUCCGCAGGUUUAGCUGCAAAAAAAUUUAGCAGCAAGAAUGCAGAAGUUGAUGGUAUCGACGAUGUUGAUGAUUCCAAUGACCGAACUGAUAUAGCUAAUAAAUCGGUCGCUGAGGCGCAACCGGACACAAAUGCUAAUCCACCUAAACCAAAAAAGCGUGCACGGCGACAAAUAAGCACAAUUACGAAAAAUAAAGACACUUUAAAUGGUUUAUUAGAAACUGUUCCAAUGGAUGAUGUCAUCUUUGGCAAACUUAAUAGAGUUGGUGGCUCAAUAAAUUCAUCCAAACGUUUAAUGAAUAAUGUGUUACCGACAAACGAUUAUGAUUUAAAGUUGUGUACAAAGUUUAGUUAUUGGACGGGGAUUGAGAAUGAUAACACCGAUUAUACAUCAGAAAUUGAAGGUAAUUAUGCCCAAGAUGAUGUCCCUGCAAAUGUAUUUGGCGAAAUUGAAAAAGAAGAAACUGAUCUUAAAAAUAGUGAUGUGGAUAAAUUUGACGAAAUCAGGGAAGAAGGUGGUGAAAAUGAAGGAGAGAUCUUGCACAAAUGCUCUAAAAACUUAUUUAUUAGAUCACUACAUACUGGUUAUAUUAUUUCAAAAAAGAAUAAAAUAAAGUACGACGACGAAAAAGAAAAUACUUCUCCACUUAAUGUGAAUGAUCCCGAUGACACUCCACGAGUUUUAACACCAUCUGAAUUAGCUGUGCAAUUUGACAUGGAUGCUGAAUGUCAGCCAGUAUGUCUUGAUCCGGAAGCACCUAUGUUAGAUGUUGAUUUCUGUGAAUAUGAUGACUUAACAUCAGAGGAAGUAACUGCAAUAAAUAGAUGCCGAGGUUUACGCCAUUCAGCACAGAUUAUGGAGGAUUUACGUCCUACUGAUUCUUCAUCACAGUUGGAAUAUUCGUAUCGUCCUCUAAAUAAAAUCUCUAGAUUUUGGGCUGGUCCGUCCCAUUGGAAAUUUAAAGGACUUCGCCCAAGUCAGUCUACUUUACUAUUUUCAAGUAAUACUCAAAAUGGUCGACUAAUAAAUCAACGGGCACAACGUGCACAAGUGGUUAAGACACGUUCAAAACCUCUUAUAUUUGGAGUAGACGGCGACGAGAGUUUGUAUCUGCCUUAUGACAAGGCCACAAAUAAACAACGCCGUGCUAAUAUACACAAAAAAUGGGACCAACGCAAAUUAAAACUACCUACAGAUUUACUUGUUAAUAAAAAUACAUUUAUGCGUGGCUGGCUCGUACCUAGAGGUUAUGACAUACAAAAUUCAAAUCUUCGUAAAACGGUGGCUAAUAAAUCGGCUGGUACUAUUGCGAAUUCCGUUGUUCAGCCUGAUGAUGAUGAACAUUGUGCGGAUAACGAUGUAUUCAUAGAUCAUCUUGACAUGUUAUCAGAUACUGAACAUUUACAGAGAGAUGAUGUAGGUGUUGAUUCUGAAUCGCAGGAGUGCAACGAUACGGUGUUGGAGAUUGCUACAGAAUUUGAUGGAGCACCUUCUCAAGUAAGCAUUGCAUUAUAUAAAAACAAUUUAACUAAUUAA